UAGAGUGCUGCUGAUCAGUCCUCCUCCCUCCCUGAAUUCCCAUCCCUUAGAGGCUUGUCCCUAACCUUGAGGCUGCAGCAACCAUACACUCAUGUGAGACACAGCUGAGAGAACACUGUACACACUGCUCAUUACUGGAGUAACAAGGACUACCACCCCAACCGUGUCUUUUAAGAGAUCCCCUGUGCCCCCUCAAGCCUUGGAUCACAAAAAGAAUACACAAGCGGCAUUGAUGCAAUAAUGCUAAUGUUUGACCCAGUUCCUAUCAAGCAGGAGGCCAUGGAGCCCAUGCCUAUUGGCGAUGUCCUCCAGGUAUUCCAGUAUUUGCUGCCUCUACAAAGACAUGCUGAGCCAUAUCAGCCCAGUUACAUUGACUCGAAUAAAUACAGUGUCAUCUACCCGACACCAAACUUGCUGCACAGUAAACUUUACCACAGUCCUGAAACCUUGUCUGGAUUCCAAAUGGAGCCGGUGGACCUCACUACAAACAAGAGGAAUUCGCCUCUCUCCACCGGAAGGUCCCCGUCUCCCAUCAAAUACUCGUCUCCCAAGAGAAGAAGUUCCCCAGUUAUGUUUAUGCCUUCAUCCAGUCCACCAUUGAAAAAGUUAACCCCAUCACCGCCUGCUGUUCCACCCUUCACAAUGCCAAUAUCCCUUAACCCAAUGUUGUCUGCAUUUCCAAGGCAUGCUUAUAGGAACCCUGGACUCUUACCCAUUUUACAGCCAAUGGUUGUACAGCCUGUUCCUUUUGUGUAUACCUCUCAUCUGCAGCAUCCAAUCAUGGUACUAGCUGAAGACCUGGAAAAUCAAAGUAGUAAACACAUACCUGUAACAGUGCCAGAGUGUUUUGAGAAAACUCCACUAUUAAAAAACAUAAAAGUUGAGCCUGGGACAGAUCACUCGAUGACAGAAGUUUACCCCGAACAAGUAUCGCCUGGCAUCAGUACACCACCAAAGGGCAUGUUCCAUGAACAUCACCCAUCAGUUAUAGUUCACCCAGGAAAAAGACCAUUACCUGUGGAAUCUCCAGAAACCCAGAGAAAAAGAAGAAUACACAGAUGCGACUAUGAUGGCUGCAAUAAAGUUUACACCAAAAGUUCCCAUUUAAAGGCGCACAGGAGAACACAUACAGGGGAAAAACCUUAUCAGUGUACUUGGGAAGGAUGCACGUGGAAGUUUGCCCGUUCUGACGAACUGACUCGGCAUUUCCGUAAACACACUGGAAUCAAACCAUUUCAGUGUCCAGACUGUGACCGCAGCUUCUCCCGCUCGGACCACCUCGCCCUCCACAGAAAGAGACACAUGCUUGUCUGAACAGAAAUUUUAGUUUUUUUUUACAGAUUUUUUUUUUCCUUUUGUUUUUGUACACAAUACAUUUUGGAUUCAGCUGGUCUGAAUCUAUACAAUCCCAGUCAGUAGAUUAUAUUCUCUUAACCUCAGUGUACUCACCACGGGUCAGACCUAAGAAUGUGAACUUUUUUUGUUGUUUUUGUAAUACAGAGGCUUAGCAGUAACUUCCUGCUCUUAAUGACACCUCAGGAAAUCAAGAAAACGGACAAUGUACUGCUUCAUGUCUACUUUCAAGCCAUAUAUCUAUAUAAAAUAACUUAUACAUGUAUUUAAUUAUAAACACAAUGCCUAGUUUGCUUUAUCUUGCCACAUUCUGCACACUUGUUAGUGCUACAAUGUUAUUCUUUUUUUCUUAUGUCCACAAUUAAAUACAUUUCCAAAAAAAAAAAAACGCCAUGCAACAGAAAGGUUUUUGUCAGGUCUUUGUAUUGUAUGCCAUGAUGCCUGAAUGCGUAAAGUGCACUUUCAUGAGACAAAUAAAAAAAAAGAUUGCAAAUGAAAAAACACAUAUGGAUGUAAUUCUGUUGAAUAAUUAGUUUGGUUUGUAAUGCACAGUUAUUUUGGUCUAUCCUCUUGGUCUGUGCCUUAAUCGAAAUCAAUUUGAGGUUCUACCUGUUUUCUAAAUAGCCCAUGUAUCCAACAUAUCUAUCUAUCUAUACAUAAAAUGUACAAUUUGUCUA